AUGGAGCUAGCAACGCCAAGAAAACAAGCCUUGGGAGUGUACGAGCAGUGUUUUCGUCCGGCCUUCUGCUGGACGCUUUGCAAUGUGUUUAAAACUCAUUUCGCGAAUAAAAACACCCCACCUGAGACUCUUACUCACCUGCUCAGCAUUAUCACACACAUGCUCCUGCAGAAACCGAAGAUGCAUGCAGAACAAACCAGAGCGCUUGUGUCCAGUUUGGGAAAACUUACCAAUCCGGUUUGCUCCUGCAGCGACGUCACAUCCUGCGGCCUGCGUUCUUUUCUGCACAACCCCAUGCUUUCAGCUUUUUUGGGCAUCAAUGGUGAUGUCACUCACCCUGAUGCCACAUUCUCCUUUCUGUCUCCAGUGAUGCAUGAGUUCUUAUUGGCCGCCUCCUUUUAUCUCGACCAAUCCGUGCAGGAGAUCUCAGACAAGCGCUCAGAUUUGUACUACACAUUUUUAGCAGGGCUGUCGGACUCGAUCCAGCGUAAACCAAUAGAAGACUCCGUGGGAAAGGUCGAUGAAAGCCGAAUAUCUGCGUUCUCUCAGUGGUUGAUGGGAAAUGUUUCUAGGGUGUUGCCAGAUGGUGAUGCAACGAAGCACUUUCGUGUUUUUCGGCUUCUGCAACAUGCACGUAACUCAUCUCUGGUCAAAGAAAGCAUUAGUAAGAGCCAGUGGAGGCCUGUUUGGUACAGCUCCAUGCAGGAGCCUGACUGCGCUGCGCUGUCAUAUGUAGUGAGUUGUGUGGGAGAGAUGGAGCAUAUGAACCUGUACAGAGCAGAACUAACAGACGAACAGGUCGAGAGGCUUAUACCAGCGUUACGGCUGUCGAAAAGCAUUGGUCUGUCACAGAGUCGUCUCAGUUUGACUGCCAUCACCAACCUGUCAACAGCGCUGGCUGAGGGACGGACGAUAACGCUGGAUCUUUCACAGUCCACACUGAAAAAAGAGUUGGUCAAAACCCUCUGCCAUGCACUCACGCGCUCCACGCUGGAGUCGCUCAACUUGUGUGGAUGCUCAUUGACUACAGCUGAUUGUGAAGCUCUGGCUCAGAUGCUCUCUGGAGGCUCACGGCUGCGUGUGCUCAAUCUGUGUGGGAAUAAUCUGGAGGAUCAAGGCCUUAUUCACCUCAGCAGUGCCCUGGAAAACUGCAGACUACAGGAAAUCAAUCUGGAUUUAUGCUCACUGACGGUGGCAUCCAUGCCUGCGCUGUCUUCAGCGCUGAACAGCGGCUUUUCAGAGCUGAGGAAGCUAAGCCUGAGCCGGAACGCAGUGAUGGAUGAUGGGAUAGAGCUGAUCUCACGAGUGUUACAGAAAGGCCGCCUCAACACAUUGAAUGUGUCUGACUGUGAGUUGACUGGCUCCUGUUGCUCCUCUCUAGCAGCUGCCCUCCAAUCAGAAAACUGCCAUCUGACUGAGCUGGAUCUGUCCGUAAAUGAUCUCGGCCAAUCAGGAGCGAUGCAGAUAUGUGAAGUGCUGAUGACUCCUAAAUGCACACUGGAAAUACUGGAAAUGAGUAGAUGUGAGCUGACCAAGGAGGUGUUUCGAGCACUGGGGAGUAUUUUGACGUCUGGCGUGUCAAAGCUCGUCAGUCUCUCGGUAGGCCUGAACGAUGUGGGCGAAACUGCAGCCAAACACAUUUGGGAGGCGCUGAGACACAAACACUGCAAACUACAGCACCUGGAUCUGGAGAUGUUGUCGCUCACAGACGCUUGCGUCGAGGAGUUAUGUGAAUCUGUUGCUGCCAGCAGCACUUUAUCAACUCUCAUUCUAAAGAACAACAUAAUGACCGACUCCUCCGUACCACGAUUGGUCAAAUUAAUGCUGGACCGUCCUCUAAUAACCGAGCUAAAUCUGAGGUAUAAUGACUUCAGUGAAGAUGUUUUUGAGUUGAUGGACACAUGCCAAAAUAUUGUUUAUUAGAGAAACACAUCUCAGGUUGGAUGACAGUUGCAUGCUUCAAGUGUAAAAAAAAAUGCUAUUAUUAAUGCAUAUUCUAUUCCGUUUAUUCCUUAAGACCAAGAGACAAAGUGACUCCCUCUAAUGGCCUUUUUACAGACAGUUUUAUACAGUGGCCCCAAAAAGUAUGAAUGUCUUUGCAUUUGCAACCAAGUAUUAUAAAGUUAUAUUUAUUUGAAGGAAACAUAGCACAAAAAAAGAACAUUGACAGUUUUCAUCAUUUUAAAACAAUAGAUAUACUGUUAAAAAUUAGGAUGAAAAAAGUGGAUUCUUUCUGGUUGUGAAGAAUAAAUUGCUUCAUAAUAUAUACAUUCAUUUUUAAUUUCAUCUUAAGUGUCCAAAUACUUUUUGGGGCUACUGUAAAUCAUUCAGACUGUCAUGUCUGGUUCUUCACAUACUGUACAACCCUCAU